AAGGGCGUAAAAACUCGGUUGCACAAAAGCGUCGUGACUCAUAGUCGUUUGUGUUGUCGCGCGCGACGCAAAGCCGGUGGUCUUUCUGGGUGAACGGGAAGCUGGAGUGUGUUUUCCAAUCCUUCGAGUUCGCCGAUGUGUAAUAAUCGGUUCCCUUUGACUCAAAGGAAAACGUGUGAAAUUUAUCUUCGUUAUCGAUGAGAGAUCGAUCGUUGAACUCGAAAGUUUUCGGUGCUUCAUUUAUCCCGGUAUAAUAAUCGCAUUCGCAUUUUUAUAAGGGUGCUCGCAAUUUCCUCGUUCUUAUCCAAGAGUCGCGCAUGAUAUAAGAUGACAUUUGAAAUGAAGAUGAUUGUAAUGAUUUGUUGUGGAUUCCUCGGAUAAAUUUUUGAAAGUCCAAUGUGGACAGUGAUUUUACUUGGUUUUAUUCUCAAAUGCUUAUUAAGGAAGUUACGUCGAAUAGAUUCGACGCGAAUCAACACGUGGCAGGUGCACACGCCUCCGUCAUUAGGGCAUCGCUUUGUAGCGAAGAAAAUUAAAUUCCACGGAUAAAAUCGAAUUGAACUUGGACAAUUAAACUAGUGUACAUUUGUCGAGGCAAUUUUCGAUUACAAAAAAUCGAUUAAAAAAACCGUCGAAUAAUAAAACGCUGAAUACUUGUCACUAAUGUGAAAGUCUCGUGAGGUCACAUACUGCGUAUGGUUCUUCAGAACUUCACGCGUGUUGAAGCAGGGAUGAAUUCAUCUGCCAGAAGCAUGUGAAUGUAAAUGGCCGUGGAAGGAUUGUCCUCGAACGACUUACUAUGGGCAUCUGCCUUGACACUGAUCAGCAACAUGGAUCGCAGGUGUUCGAGGAAAGCGAUGCUCGAGCUACAGGAAGAUGGAGAGGCGAGGCAGGUCUUUUGGCAACUCCACCAGAUGGACAUUUUCCGAAGCAAAAUGUUGGUCCAGUUAAAUUCGAAAUACCAAAAGUUCCCGUUAUAUUUGUCCUUGGCGGUCCCGGUAGUGGUAAGGUGACAUAUUGCGACAAUUUGAUACAAGAGAAAAAGGGAAUAACGCAUAUCAACAUGAUGGAUCUUCUUCAACAAUAUGCACUAGGGAAUGAUAUGCAGGAUUUUGGACAACUUAGUAGUAAGACUGUCACAGAAGUACUCAUGCUCGAGAUAAAAAUGUCCCCGGGAGCCAAAGUCUUUCUUGUAAGCGGAUAUCCGCGAAAUAUGCGUGACGUAGUGGAAUAUGCCGAAAAAAUAAAAAUCGUCAACGGCGUCAUUCUUAUAUCGUGGAGACAAGAAGUAUUGGAAAGACAAAUUGAUUUCGGUGCUCAACUCGGUCACGUCAUCAUCGGAUUGGCUAGAAUGGAGUUGCAUAAUUUUUACAGGAAUGUCAUGCCAGUCGCGGAAUAUUUUGAUCAAAGUGGAAUGUUACUUGAGGUAAAUGGAGAGCGUAAUCCGAGUGAGGUCUAUGUUAGUUUUCGGGAUGCCGUUCUUAGAAUUCUCGGCAUGUCAAGCGGCGAGAAUCGUGAUCAAGAUAUACCUCAAUCUUUAGAAGCCGAGGUCGAAGUGGAAAGGAGAAAAGAAUCGAUUACGAGUCCACCGCUACCGAAGCAACAAGUCGUAGCAUCUAUGACGACGCAAUCGCCGGUACACAUAAAUGCGCCAUUGAAAACCGCGAAUAAACCGAGAAAAGGAUUACCAGCAUUUAUCUGGGUGAUAGGUGGACCGGGAAGUAAUAAAGCGGCUCUUUGCACCCAAGCCGUUCGCAAUAUGCCAGGCUGGAUACACGUAAGUAUCGGGGAAUUGUUAAGAACAAUGGCAUCGUCGAAUAUGAUUGUGAACGACGCCAUCGUUUCGGGUGAGAUGGUACCGCAUGACAUCGUGAUGCAACUUGUGGAGCAACAGAUCCUUCUCAAUCGAGACACGGAUGGUAUUGUCAUGGAUGGAUAUCCGAGAGACUUGAAUCAAGUGCAAGAAUUCGAAAGCAAGUUUGGACAAGAACCUCCGCUAGUACUACUCGAUUGCUCCAAGCUGCAGCUCGGGAGAGGAAGACUGGACGACAGUGUUUCGGCAUUUAGGAAAAGAUUGGAGCUCUUUCGCGAGGUAUCUCUUCCCAUGCUGAAAACACUGGACAACGACAAUCGUUUAAUAAUUGUGGAUGGAGAUACGGAUGUGCCUAGCGUGCAGCAGGAUUUUGCCGCUGCGUUGUAUCAGCUGAUGCAUCGGGCACGUCGCAAGGAGGAGGAAAAUCUCCAUGAUGCAGAUAUGCCGACAAUCGAAGGUCACCCAAACGGAAUACACGCCGUGACCGAUCAAACUGAACGUGCCACAUCUAACAAUGUUAUCAAGCGGAUGGUCAACGGCGUGUCUAAUCACAUUGGAAACGGGAUCGAUGCGAAAAAAAUUAAUGGAAUUACCGCUCAAGGAAUAGGCGCUAUCUCUAAUGGCGUAUUGAACAAUAUGAAGCAUAUUCAUCAGAACGGUCAUAUUUAUCAAAAUGGCACUGUAAACGGGACAGUACAUAUGCUGCAGAAUGGUGCAGCGCAUCUAGCCAACGGCAUUGGCAACAAUAAAGUUGCGCCGGCGGUCAACAACUAUUUGCCAAAGGAUCCAAUCAAGAAAAUGUACAACGAAGUCGAAGGUUAUCAGCAGAAUCUUCACAUGUAAACGUGAUAUGCCAGUCUACGUGACAUCUUUUUUUUUUAAAUAUCAUUGAAGACUUUCACUUGUUAAUGUUGUACGAAAGAGCCACAGAUUUGGGAUGGCCUCAGACUUUCUAUCGACAACUUUGUUGAUAGUUAUGCUCGCGCGUCGCGUCUUUUAGCGACAAGUGUAUUAAUAUAAUAUGGUGCCUUAGAAUAAAUACCUACUAUUUAAAUAGUUUGAUUAAUAAAUACGUACAUUUACUAAAUAUAAAAAGCCAAAUAAUUAUGAAUGUGUAUUAUAACAGGAUGACAUUUUUCAAGGCUCGAUUUCGAAAUAAUGAAAAUGCAAAAUAAGCGUCUACUUCUAAGCAAGAAUUUAUAGAGCAAUGCGUGCCGGCAAGCAUAGAUGUAUAUUUGUUAAAUACUGGCUAUUGGAAGAUAGGAUUUAUAUUGAACAAUAAAUUUGAAUUCACAACACCUAUAUACAAUACCUAAAUUGCUACUUUAUUUUUGGUUAACGUUCUAUUAAAGAGAAUCUUAAUAAAUGAAAGAGUCCAAAUCAGUUUUGCAAAAGAAUUAUAAGUAUAAAGUAUUAUGAUAUAAAAUUGAUAUAAAAUAUAUGGCAAAUAAAAAAUAUUUCAAGCGCGCGUUAUCGCAGAGACAUUAAGUUUUGCCGGCUUGCACUGAUCUACAUGUAUGUGUGUAUGUAUGUUUGUACAUGCAUGUAUGUACUUGGAAGUCUAGGUACAUAUUAUGAUCUAGGAAAUAUAUACCAUGAUCUAGACUUAAAUCUAGACUUAAUGUUUAGAUACACUGUAAGCUAAAUAUUUUGUUAACAUUGUUAUAAUUUAUAAACUAAUUUUAAGAGUUAUGCUAUAUAUAACAUGAAUAUUAAGAAACAUUUUUAGGCUUUAAUCGAAUGUAUUAUGAAGAUUACAUUGAUACGCCGCGCCGCCAAAUUUUUCAAUUCUUACCUCACGAUAUCUCGAUGACUGUUCGCUAGAUAAAAUGAUGAAGGACUUUAAGACUCGAUUUAGUCACAGAAGUUGCAAUGAUCAUAACUUUGAUUUACAAAAGUAAAUUACUUAUUUUAUCAAA